CACAUCAGGAGACUGUUGAUCAUGUGCUGGCCAUGUCUCUUCAGGGAGAUGAGUAUAAAAAAGGUGGAGGCGGGCACAAAUUGGAUGAGGCUGGGCCUAGCACGUUCCCUGUGCUAGCCCAACAACCUGCAGGUUUUCUGCAGGCCGAUCGUUAAAUGCAACAUGAAUGGAGUAGACCUCUCCAGGACAUACAACCGGAAGAGUUAAACUAUGAAAGACAGAGACAGAAAAAGCAAGAUCGCCUGCAUUUGGAGGAAAUAAUACAAGCUGAGAGGGAAGAUCAAGAUCGCCUGCAUUUGGAGGAAAAAAUACGAGCUGAGAGGGAAGAUCAAGAUCGCCUGCAUUUGAAGGAAUUGAUACGAGCUGAGAGGGAAAAGAAAGAUCGCCUGCAUUUGGAGGAAAUACUACGAGCUGACAGAGAAGAGCAAGAUCGCCUGCAUUUGGAGGAAUUAAUACAAGCUGACAGGGAGGAGCAAGAGCAGCAAGACAGAAUGGUUGCCCUUAGACUGCAAGAAUCGAUAACCCAAGAAGAAAUGACGAUAAGGCGUGGCCAACAUGGUCGAAACAUAGGACGGAGAGGUUUUUCUCAUCACAAUACGGGUCACAGAUCUCGAGGAAUGGGCAGAAGUCAAAAUCGGGAGAGGUCACAUCAGGAGACUGUUGACCAUGAGCUGGCCAUGUCUCUUCAGGGAGAGGAGGAUCAAAGGGGUGGAGGUUGGGAUGAAUGUAUUGAGGCUGUGCCUAGCGUGUCCCCUUUACUGGCCCAACAACCUGCAGGUUUUCUGCAGGACGAUCAUCAAAUGCAACAUGAAUGGAGUAGACCUCUCCAGGACAUACAACCGGACGAUCAUCAAAUGCAACAUGAAUGGAGUAGACCUCUCCAGGACAUACAGCAGGAAAUGGCCGCCAGUCAACAGGAGUUUUCGCUCCAAGACCUUGAUGAGGACUAUGAUGAGGACCUUGAUGAGGACCUUGAUGAGGACCUUGAGGACCUUGAUGAGGACCUUGAUGAGGAACAGCUGGAGUUCCAGGACCACCACAGGAGACGGUCGCAAGAAAUGGCCGCCAGUCAACAGGAGUUUUCGCUCCAAGACCUUGAUGAGGACUAUGAUGAGGACCUUGAUGAGGACCUUGAUGAGGAACUGCUGGAGUUCCAGAACCACCACAGGAGACGGUUGCCGAUGGGCACAAGCGAGAACUUUGACAGGGUUCUUUCAAUGUUGAACGAAACUCGCGUGAGCAUUGUCGGAAACAGAUAUGAGGCUCUUUUAGAACUAGGAGAUAAUUUGGGAACUGUCUCUAGUGGCCUGACUUCAGAAGAGUGCUCCACACUGCCGACCGCGAGAUAUACCCAGAGAGACAAAAACACGGCGGACUGCAGCGUGUGUCUGGAGAAAUACAAGACUGGAGAUGCACAGAAAACAUUGCCCUGUAUCCAUAUAUUCCAUGAAUCCUGUAUCGACGAGUGGUUGAAGAACAACGCAACAUGUCCUGUGUGCAGAAAGGUUGUUAAAGUUUCCUGACUACAGAUGAGCGGCUAUUUAAACUAACAUAAUGUUUCCUUGAAUAAUAUUAAUUGUCAAAAAGAUUAUAAUGAUACGGUAAACAUAUUAUGUGGUGUAGCUGUUAAAGAGGCAAGACACCAAAUGGUCGAAAAAUCGGCAAAAAAAAUAGUUCCACAACACAAGCCUAGAAUUGUCAAUGUGGGCUAGAAGGAGGCCGAUAAUACGUCAUAUUGCAUGAUUAAAAUAAUAAACGCAAUAAUCAUGUUGCUGUCUCAUCUGUGUUUCCCUGCUUAAAAAUAGCGCACAAUGGUUUCCCAUUUUAAAUAAUAUAUUUUUAUGAGUACAGAUAAAUAUACCGACGCUAGUUUUAAAAUGACAGGAAUUAACGUGGAAGACAACCCCAGUAAAUUUCAAACAAAAACUGCAAAUUAUGCACGCGUCGUAAGCGAUGUGAUACAUAAGUAAGAUUGUAUGCGUUGUAUACAACGAUGUCAAAUUUUUAUGUUAGCUUUUAACAAUUUUCUUUUUUUUUAUAACAUUUGUAUCAUCUGGUGUCUAGCCCCUUUCAGGAUGGACUGCACGUAUUGAAAAUGGUUAUACGUAUACGCUAAUCAUGUUUAAUUCAGCUUCACCAUAUAUGCAUAUACAAUUUUAUUUUAGUGUAUGUUUUUAUAUAUACAGUGAUGCUUUUUGUGUUCCUUUACUUCAUGUGUUAUAGUUGUGUUCAAAGACUAAUUUACGUAGUCGUUCAUACUGGUGCUUGAUGUAUUCUGAAACCUUGGUUCAAUAAUAUUUUAGAUAUACGAGUACUGUAUUCCGAUUAUUAAAACCCUUCGUACAUUUAUAUCGUAUUGAAUCUACCAUGUACACCUACAUAUACAGUGAGUCAUCUUUAAAUAUGCUUGAGUGCAUCCCACAAUAUUCUUAUACAAUGUAGUUCAUAACCAUGGUUCCUAAUGGUUGCCAGUAUAGUUGUGUGCAUAUAUUACAAAAAGCGAUGAAAUGUAAAUUUAAUUAACCAUGUUCUUAAUGAAAACAAGCAGUUAUUUUGUGUUUUUGUUGAUUUUACAAAAGCGUUUGAUUAUAUAGUACGAGAUAAUAUGUGGUAUAAACUUUAUACAUUAGGACUACGGGGCAAUCUCUUUUCAGUUAUAAAG